AUGUCAAACUACGACCCGUACGAUCGGGAUUACUCUCGCCGCUAUGUGCGAGAGGAGCGUCGAGAAGACCCCCGCUAUCUCGACCCUCGAGAUUCCUUUAACUCAAAGACUCAUCGGGAGAUCGUUCCUCGCGGACGCGAGGACAGCGAUCUAUCGAUAGAAGAGGUCAGACGGGAAUUUCCCCCUCCUGGUACCCGUGAUAUUCGCAGGGCCCGAUCCGCCGGCCCAAACUACUACGAGGAAGAAUAUGAGUAUCGCCGAGGCUACGACCCUCGCGAUCGCGACUAUGACCGUCGUUCCCACCGAGGUCACUCCAGCCCUUACUACGAAGAUGAGGAGCGCGACCGCGAGCGCAAGCACAAACCGAAGGGAAUGUCCAAGAAUGAGAAGAUCAUUGCUGCCGUCGCCGGUGCCGCCCUUUUGGCGGGUGGUAAGGAACUGUACGAUCGACGCGAAGCCAAGGAGGAGCGCACUGAAGUCCAACGCAAUCCUCUGUCAACUGCAGCUCUUGCUGGAGUCGGUGCCUUGGCUGCCUACCAGGGUGCACAAUUCUACAACAAGCAGCAGGCCAAGAAGGAUCAAAAGGCCAACAUGAUUCUUCAACGCGGCCGCGACGGUUAUUAUAGUGAUUACUACUCUGAUGAGGACGAAAGUCCAAGGGAGAAGAAGGGACACAAGAACUUCCUCGAGAGCGCUAUCGCAGCCACAGGUCUCGGCGCUGCUGUCAAGAGUCUCACUGGCGGCGGCGGAGACGAUACCAGGAGUCGCCGGGGAGGUAGUCCCUCCAGCGAAAGAUCUCGUUCUCACGCUGGUGGUGGCAGCGGCGCCAACAAGAUUCAAAAGGCAGCUAUGGCUUCCCUCCUUGCCGGUGCCACAGAGGCCUUUCGUGUUGCCAAGGAGCCUGGCGGCUGGAAGGGCGAAAAGACGAAGCGCAUUCUCACCGCCGCUGCAGGUGCUGCUGCUGUCGACACCGCAACUGAUGACAAGGGAGGAAAGUUGGGCUUGGCCGAGUCCGUGAUUGGUGGCUUAGUCGGUAACCGCCUAAUUCGUGGUUCGAGAAAUGAUAUUGAGGAGGAUCGCAAGACUGGCCGCAGCCGCUCUCGCUCGCGAGCCCGCUCCAAGUCUCAGGGUGGUGGCAGUGGAGGCGCAAGCGGUCUUGCCGCUCUUGCGACCGCUGGCCUGGGUGCCCUGGGUGCAAAGAAGGUUCUUGAUCGAUCUCGAUCGCGAUCCAGGAGCCGUAGGGGACGAAGUGCCUCGUGCAGUCCAUCCCCAGACAGGCGCCGUCAGCGAAGCCGCAGCCGUAGUGUUGUUGACAAAGCUCGCAACGGCUUGGCCAAACUAGGCCUUGGAGCUGGUGCUGGUGCUGGCGCUGCCGCCGCUGAUGACUACCACCGGCGCGACCAAGAUGACUUUAGCGACCGCGGUGGCAGCCGUUCCCGCCGAUACUCGGACGAUAUGUACGAUGACCGUCGAUAUGGCAGCAAUCGAGAUUAUUACGAUGAUGAUAGAUCAUACAAGAGUAAGCCCCGAGAGAGAAGACGAGGAGGGCGUUCCGAUUAUUCCUCUUCGUCAUCAGACCUAGGGGAUUCUGAUGAGGAUGAGAAGCGGGCGAAGAAAAUGAGAGGUAAGCAACUUAUCACCACAGGUUUAGCAGCAGUGGCCACUAUACACGCAGCGCACGAGGUGUAUUCUAGCAUGGAAAAGAGAAACGCACGGCAUAAAGCAGUCAAGGAAGGACGGUUGAGUGAGAUGGAAGCCAAAAAGCUCAAGACCAAAGCCAUCAUGCAAGACGCCGCAUCAGUCGGUAUUGCUGCUAUGGGCAUCAAGGGAGCCAUUUCCGAGAUGAAGGAAGCCAAAGAAUUGACACACGAGUGCAAAACUUUCCAACAAGAGAAGGCUCACCGUCAUGAGAAGCGAGUGCAAAGGCGCUUGCGACAACAGUCAAUGGGUGACGGUAGAAGAAGAGCAGACAGUUGGGCUCCUUCGUCUCGAGGGGAUGGGUAUGACUCGGAUAUCGAGUAUGAAUACUUUGACCCUCAAGACUACGGAGGCAAACCUUACAGAGGCAACACCUUCCCAGCAGAGCCGUAUGGUACAAACACUUACAGGAGGAACCCCAACGGUCUGCCAUCUCCUUUCUAA